UUUACUAGCAGUUUCGCACGUGACUACUUUUCUUUUCUACUUGUGAGCAAACUACAAUUAAAUUAGGAUAAUCAGCGUCAACAAGAAAACAUGAAGAUCGCCGUGAUCGGUGGUGGAUCUGCUGGUCUUGCCGUCCUACGACAUUGUACUUCCGGUAAAUAUGAUACUCAAGUAGUAUGUUACGAAAAAACGGAACAAGUAGGUGGUACAUGGGUUUAUAGGGAAGAAAGUGGUUUAGAUCGAUACAAUUUACCCAUACACACUAGCAUGUACAAAAAUUUAAGGACAAAUCUUCCCAAAGAAGUAAUGGGAUAUCCUGAUUAUCUUAUUCCGGAUAAUCCGGAAAGUUAUUUGACUCGUACGCAAAUACUCGAAUUUUUAAAUUCGUAUUGCGAUCAUUUUCAUCUUCGCCAAUAUAUCCGGUUUUUGCACAACGUUGAAUUAGUGGAGCCGUCAACAGGAGACCGGAAAUGGACGGUUAAAGUCAAAGAUCUAGAAAAAAAUAUCGUUUUAACAGAAACAUUUGACGCAGUUAUGGUAUGCAAUGGUCAUUAUUUCGAGCCUAAUAUACCAAAUUUAAAGGGUCGUAACACUUUUCAAGGGGAACAAUUACAUAGCCAUGAUUAUAGGGUGCCGAAUAUUUUUACCGAUAAGACUGUACUUGUACUUGGUGCUGGGCCUUCCGGAAUGGAUUUGGCUUUGGAAAUAUCAGCGAAAGCGAAGCGUGUAUUUUUGAGUCAUCACCUGAAAGACCCCAUAGGUACGAUAUUUCCUAAAAAUGUUGUUCAGAAACCAGAUGUAAAAGAACUAACUGAACACGGUGUCCUUUUCGAAGAUGGCAUCAACGAACCAGUUGAUGUGAUUUUUUAUUGCACAGGGUAUAAAUAUAGCUUCCCCUUUUUGAGCGAGAAAUGUGGAGUACGGGUAGAUUCUAAUAUGGUGACACCAUUAUGGAAGCAUAUGGUAUCGAUCGAAAAUCCUACCCUGGCCUUGAUUGGUCUUCCCUUCUAUGUUUGCGCCUUUAGCAUGUUCGAUCUGCAGGUCCGUUUUGUGCUGCAAUAUUGGUCAGGCAAGAAAGACUUUCCUUCUAAAGCGGAUAUGUUACAAGAAGAAGUGGAAGAAUUGGAAACUCGCAGAAAAGAGGGUUUGCAAAAGAAACACUUUCAUUUGAUGGGAUUUAAACAAGACCAUUAUUACGAUGAUCUUGCAAAUACUGCCGGAAUAACUCCAUUGCCUCCAGUACUUACGAAAUUGCAUAACGAAAGUAGUAUGCAUUUCUUGAACGAUCUAGUACAUUAUCGAGAAAUCAGAUACAAGAUCAUCGACGAUUAUAAUUUUAUUCAACUAUAA